AUGGCUGAAUUCGAAAUUGGCCAAACGGUCGAACUUGGAAAUGGUGCUAUAGGAACUGUUCUCUAUAUAGGAACCGAUCCGAUAUUCGCUUCAGGGGAUUGGAUUGGAGUUGAGUUGGAAGAUGGAGGAGGUAAAAAUGAUGGUAGUGUUCUGGGCAGACGGUAUUUCCAAUGUGAUAUGGGUCGUGGAAUGUUCGUUCGGCCCUCAAAUAUUACGAUAGUAGAUCGACCUCCACCACCCCCAAAAGCGCCUGCACCUGCAAAGAAGCCAGGCCGACCAAGCAGUGUCAUCGCCCCAGUAGCACGGAGGAUAAGUUCUAUGCCGGAUAAUGGUGUAGCUAAAAGGAAAAGCAUGAAUGCCCCUAGUCCAAGUCCUAUGGCAAGGGGGGCUGCAAAUCUUCGUUCUCCCACAAAAUCCCCUACAAAACAGCUAUACUCUGCAGGUACUUCGGUUGCCUCAACUUCGCGAACUGGAACACCCGCGAACUCUCGAGCACCUUCUGGCGGUGUUUCUAAACCGCGACCAUCAUCUGUAACCAGCCGAACAUCGAUGGGACCACCACCUCCGCCUGCAGGUCGAGGGAAGAUAUUAGCAGGGGGUAGUGGCGUAGGAAAUAGAUUAGGGGGGCCUGCAAUACGGACCACUGGUGCUCGUCCCACAUCUUUGGCUCCUAAACGCACACUUCGACCUGCUUCGGACCGUGUGCCAUCAGGCUCUAGUCAAGUCAGUACCGGCCACCUUAGCGAUGGAACUCAUGAUACUUUUGAUGAAGAUAGACUUUUGUCACCCUCAUUGAGGAGUGACACAGACCAAUUAUCUCCGCAAGCUUUAAGUCCUGCCAUAUCAAGAACGGGGCGAGAAGCUUCACCAGCAGGUUCUCCAGCAGCGCAGCGUGGAGCAACGAGCACAGCAGCUAGCAGGGAGAUUGAGGAUCUGAAAACGAAACUUAGAGUAAUGGAAAAGAAACGAGUGGAGGAUAGGGAGAAGCUGAAAGCUUUGGAAAAUGUACAAGUAGAAAAGGAGAAAUUUGAGGGGAUUAUUCAAAAGCUGCAAACGAAAUAUCAACCUCAGCAACAAGAAAUCACCGAUUUACGGAAACAGUUAAAAGAAUUUGCCGCUCGAUUUGAGGAAGCGGAAGGCAUGCAAGCCGAACAUGAGUCCAUACUCGAAAUGGCGACCCUAGAUAGGGAGAUGGCAGAAGAGACAGCCGAAGUGCUCAGGACUGAAUUGGAUGCCCUCAAACAGAAGACUGAAGAGUUGGAGUUAGAAAUCGAAGUACUACAAGACGAGAAUACUGAACUUGGUGGAGAAAUGAACGCGGAAGAAAAGACCAGCCAGAGCUAUCUGCAAAUGGAGAGAAAGAAUGAAAGGUUAACGGAAGCCCUCCUGAGGCUCCGGGAUCUGACACAACAAGCUGAGGCCGAGCUCAAAGACGAGAUCAAGAGUUUACGAGAGGAUGUUAGAGACCUCGGUAGUGUAAAGGAACAUUAUGAUGUGGUGAAGGGAAAACUUGCCCAAUCAGAAGCUGUCAUCGAAGAUCUUCGUCAACAACUAGACAAUGCUCUAGGUGCCGAAGACAUGAUUGAAGAACUUACCGAUCGAAAUAUGAGUAUGAGUGAGCAGAUUGAGGAACUCAAGGUUACAAUUGAGGACCUCGAAAGCUUGAAAGAGCUCAAUGAUGAACUUGAGAUUAACCAUGUCGAAACCGAGAAAGAGAUGCAGGAGGAAAUCGACUUCAAGGAGAGCAUUAUCAACGAGCAAACAAAGCGAGCGGUCCAACAAGAUGAGUCCUUGGAUGACAUGGAAUACACCCUGUCAAGAUUCCGUGAGUUAGUCACCAGUUUGCAAAGCGAUUUGGAAGAUAUAAGAGCAUCACACGCGGUCACAGAAACAGAAUCGGAACAAUUGAACAGUCGAUCACGUGCAAUGCAAGAUCUGAACAUGAAGCUCCAAGUUUCUGCUGCCAAAACACAGGUCAAGACAAUCGACCUCGAAUUGCGACGCCUAGACGCUCAAGAGGCAUCGGAGCAUUUGUCGAUCGUUCAAUUGUUCUUACCGGAUGGUUUCAGUGCAGAGAGAGAUUCGAUUUUGGCAUUGCUCAGGUUCCGACGGGUAGCUUUCAAAGCAAAUCUCUUGCACGGAUUUGUCAAGGAGAGGGUAAAUGGUCAGCUACCUACUGGUCAUGAGGAUGAUAUAUUCGCUGGUUGUGAUGUUCUUGACAAACUUGUAUGGGUUGGUGCCAUGUGUGAUCGUUUUGUCAAUGCUAUCAGUCAUUGCUCGAUAGAGGAGUUUGGUAGAUAUGAAGGCGCACUAUACGAACUCGAGCCCGUAGAGAGAGCCCUCAAUGGGUGGAUAGACGGCUUGAGAAGGGACGAAUUAAAGGAAAAGCAAUGUGCCACCGAAUUACAGCGUACUAUUGCUCUUAUGUCUCAUCUCGCCGAAGUUCAUAUCUCGACUGGACUUGCUAGUUAUGCUGAUGAGAUUUAUAUGCGUACUCUUAUCAUGCAAAGCCAGCUCGAGAAUGCUGCAGCUGCAAUCACGUCUACCAGGACAAUGGUGCAAACUAUUAUUCCCAACCAAGAGGAAGAUGACGAACUCUUCCAACAUUUCUUUAAGAAGACCGAGGCAGUCAUUACUCAGACACGUAGUGCAAAAGUCAUAGUUGGAAAAGCGGUUCGAGAAAUUGAAGAUUUGAGAGCUCGAUCAUUAUCACUGAUGCCUAAUACCAUUGAGUCAUUUGAACAAUGCGAAGUAGCAACUCAACAACUUACCGAAUACACUCGUCACGUAGGAAAUGACCUAUAUACAUUAUUACACGAGGAGGGUAGAGCUGAGCCAUACACGUAUGUUGAAGUACAAAGCACCAUCUACCAGACCACGAACAACACUCUCUCAACCGAUGAAUCCGACCUUUUCUCCACCUACGCUAGCAAACUCAAACUCCUCAACAACCAAUUAGUUGAUCUCUCAACCUUAACAUCCGACCUCGAAAUGACCCAAGAAUUUGAGCUCGCAACACCCCCUUGGAUCCUCCGAUCUCAAGAGCUGAAAUCCUCCAAGACCGUGACUAUCGACACUCAAGAAGAACUCCGCCGCCUCAAAGAAGACAAUCACGAGCGUCUCCGCCACAUCGCCUUGCGCGAUCAAACCCUCGAAGAAUCGUCCGUCAAAAUAGAACUCCUUGAAAGUCGCAUGAGAGAUGCCACCAAGAAGAACGAACGCAUCAACGAAUUAGAGCGCAAAAUCGAAGUUGCCAAGAAUCGCGAAGCAGAACUCGCCGAAGCCAUUGAGGUUCAAAAUAAAGAAUUAUCGACCAUGGAAGCCGAUCGCGAAAAGUGGAAGAAGAUUGCUGAUGAAAGUAAAGCAUUGGGUGAAGUCGUAUCGGGCUCUAAAGCAGGUCAAGAACGUGCUGUUGCUACGGCUCGUGAGAUGAAUGCUCUCAAGACUGAAAUCGCUAGUCUACAAGCUGCAGUCCGAUAUCUUCGCGAGGAUAAUCGUCGCGUAAAACUUUCCGAAAGAGAAAAUAUGUCGUGGUUGGAUGAACCGUUAAUGAAACCUAAAUCGAUAGAAGAACAGAGAAAAUCGUUAGUAAUUGCGGAGGGUCAAGAUGUUCUUAGCGAACUUUUGACAUUGGCUACGGGGGAAAAUUCGAGAAUCUAUGAUUUGGGGGCUAUACAGAAGGAUAGGGGGAAAUGGAGACCUGCGAAGAGUACCCCUGGUUACUGGGUUGCAAGACAGAGGGAAGGAUAUGAAGAUUGGAGAGCUUGGAAGGAAGAGGUGGUUAGGAAGGGGAAGAUGCUGGGGAAGAGGGAAGGCAAUGUUGGGAGGGGGGUGGGGACGGGUAGGAAGGGAUUGAAGAGGGUCAAGGGUGAUGUGGCAGCGAAGGUGGAUUUGAGAUGGAAUGAUUUAGAAGGAAAGGGGCGGGGAGGGGGAGAGAAGUGCAGAUUGUGGGAGCGGGGGAGUGGGAGGGAGUUAGGAGGGAGUGGGGGUUUGUUUGAAUGA